AUGCCUGAGCUCAGAGAAGGCCGAGUGGUGAAGCGCUCCAGCAAUGCGAACAGCCACGAGCCGGCCAAGCGCCAAAGGGCGCCGUACGCCCUCCGGGCCUGUGACGCCUGCCGCAGGCGCAAAGGCAAAUGCGACGGAGCGCAGCCCUGCGGCCAUUGCGCCGGGCGCGGGCAGGGCUGCAGCUACAGCACGAGCCUGGCCUCCGAUGAAUGGUGGCUCGCCACCGUAGCGAGCGAUGCCGCUGGCGAUCGUGGUGAACAAACGCAGAACCUCCGUGCUAGUAAACGGGCGAGUUCGAUCACAUCGAGCAGCAACACCAACACCCAAGAAGCCAUCAUGGAGAUGAUGUCGAACCUCCAAGGACAGCUCGACAGUCUUGCCUCUCAUGUCCGGUCGUCCGGCCAGAAUUCGAAUGCUCAGCCGGCCAACCCGAACAACAGUGGCAGCGUCGGUGAGGGCUCGACACCGUCAAAUGAGACCGAGGCGACACUGUCCGAGCACCUGGUCCGCCGCGCAUCUCAGCACUUCUACGGGCCGACGAGUCCAGAAUACAGUCUGAAUGUCGCACAGAUCAAACUGCGCCAGAUGACAUCCUCCGGCACACCUCUACAGAAGCAGCACCUGCAGCUUGCCAGCAUCGACGACGACGCCGUUUCCGACCACGAAGACAGUAAUGAGAUCGACCAAUCCACUCCCGCCGGCUCUCCGCAGAACCGUGACCGCGGCGAGAAGACGCGGCUCAUGCGCUUCCGCUCCCUGAUGAGCCUUCAAGAAGCGGUGCGGCUUCUAUUCGUAUACCAAGAAGUCGUCGGCGAAUUCCACCCCAUCAUAGACAUCGACAAGAUAAUGGCGCGGCUUCGAUCGUGCUAUGCCGAUGUGGACCCGGCGCUCUGGGACUGUUCUCCUGGCCGGUCAGGGUCAACAACGGGAGACGAGGAGAUCUUGAUCCUCAAUCUUGCCUUGGCGAUUGCGCUCCGUGCCGAAGCGAAGUCGUCGACGCAUGAAAUGGAGGGCCAGAUACGGGAAAGUUUUGAAGAUUCUGUCAACAGCAGGAUAGCUGCGCCAGUAACCAGUCUCAAUGCCGUGACCAUAACCCUCCUCAAGGGGUUCUAUGACUUCUUCUACGACAUGAUCCGCUCGUCCUGGCGGAUGUGUGGUAUCGCAGGGCGCAUGCUCAUGGAGCUUGGGCUUCAUAAUGGCGACCAGUCCAAAUUCGUGGUCGACUCCGAGUCUCAACGCACAGAUGUCUCUACCCUUGUGUGCAGCAUCGUCAUUCUCGACCGCCAGUGGAGCGCCUCGACAGGUUUACCAAAGAACUUUCAGGACUCGCACUUCGAUCCUCUGCCGAAAGCUUCUAUCAAGAACCCCUAUCUCAAGGCCAUGCUAUCCUUCAUCCUCAUCAGCGACAAGUUCAACGAGCCAAUAUCCCAGGCUGCCAAAGGCGAGAAGUACAACGACGACGACGCAUUCGAGGUGAUGAACUUUCAGAUCGAGCAGUGGCGCAAGAAGUCUGUCGGCGCGCACUGCCUUACCCAGGUAGACAGCUGGGCCUCGGAUCCGUCGACGAGACCGCCGUCGUGGGCCAUCCUCCUGACCCUCCGGGCAAUGUCCAUCCGCAGCCUCCUGCUCAAGCCGUCCUUCUUCUCCCAGCACGACACAGAGGCCAGCAGGAAGUGCCUCCGGCCGGCGAUAGAGAUCGCGUCGACCAUGAUCAACGCCCUGUACACCCUGGACACGACUACCGACAUAUACCGGAAGCAGCACCCGUACUACCAGCACUUGCUGGCCUCGGCCUCGGCGCUGGCCUUCCUCAUCGUCGCCUCCAUGGAGCAGAACCGGCAUACGCGAGGGGUCAGCCUGCCUCCGGACCUGAUCGAGACCCUGAACCGCACCACCGAGAUGGCCAUCACCCUCGCCGCGAACUAUGCCAAGACGUCGAGGGCUUCGCGGAGGCUGCUGAAGAAACUGUCAGAGAUGCGGGGGAGCCUGAUAGGUCUCGGCAUUACGCAGACACCCGCCACCCUGUCCCAGGAGAAGAGACAACCUCAAAGAAGGGAACAAGAGGCAUCGCUGGCAAACACUUCCCGCGCGGUGCAGAGGAAAGCCCUGCCGCAACAACAAGCACUGGUUCCUUCGGGAUCGUUCGAGUUCCGAGCCGAAUUCACUCAGCCUUUCGACGUCAGCACCACUGCCCCAGCGUUCACAGGUAGUAUGGCGCCGCUUUCUGAUUUCGACUUGCAGUCAGGAGGCUGGGCCGAGUCGCUUUGGUUCCACUGGCCCCUUGGAGCCGACUCCAGCAUGUUUCCUGAGCCUGGCACAUAG